CAAUCGCAUUAAAACAAGUACCGGUAAUUCUAUCUUUGGGGAAGCAAUUCCGCGGGAAGGUCAGCGACUGGACUAAUUGAGUCGUAACAUUAUGAACUGUAGAAAAAAGAUAUUAGUGCGCACCACAUAUGCAUGGUUUCACGAUAACUUAGGUCUCCCUUCCCACAGGAACCCCGCUAUCAUCUGUUCACGAAGGCAUCCACUUCAGGAAGCAAUCGCUGCGUGCCAUCCACAUCGGACGACGUAUCACGAUAAGGAGAUAAGGACGUUGCUCACGUUUGCGGAGAGAAAACGCUGACCAUCAGACACGUGUGACUGUGCGAGAGAGCGCGUAUCUCCUUUUCAUCGUCGUCCAAAGAUGUAUUACGAUACGAAGGCCAACUACGCCACGGGUGCGGUCUGCCUGCUUAUUUUCACCUCCGUUCAUGUCUACAGUACAGGUUUAAAACAGCGCGGCGUAUAUCUCACGGUGUCGUCAUACGAAGGCGCACUCAGGAAAGCAGGUCACUUUGAGGUCAACUGGUAUGGCGUGGACGUCGACCUCCUCAACAAGACUUUUGUCGCUCUACUCUCGCAAACUCCGAGGUCAAAUAAUUGGAAGAACGCACAGCUGCACCCCGUGAAACAAAGCGCUGGGCGACUGACGACGUCGGUGAAGUACCCGGAAUACAGCACCGAACGAGUGAUGACCGGAAGUUGCCUCGGGUACUGGGCCGUCCUACUACAAGUCGACGUCACCGACAACAGCAGCGUAGUCAUCGAAUCAUCCUGCCUUCGCGGGCAUCCGAGGUGGAUGCGUGAGAGCUGCUGCCACAUUUCUAAUCUCAAACUCGACGAGCUCUUUGUGCCAGGGACUCACGAUUCCGCCAUGUACCGCCUGAGACGAGAAUGGCCCGUGGGGGACUUCAUCUUCACGCAAGACCAAUCUAUCGCCCAACAGCUUGCCUUUGGAAUAAGGUCUCUGGACUUGAGAGUUGGGUUCGUCGACGGCGUGUUCUGGAUGUUUCACGAUAAGUUCAAGGCACAGGUUACGCUGGAGGCUAUUCUGCGGCAGGUUCGUAGCUUCGUCGAAACCACGGGGGAAGUUGUGUUACUAGAUUUCCACAGGUUUACUCUCGGUUUCGACCGCUACGUCGAUCCAGUCAACGAACGUCAUCGAAUGCUUGUAGAAGUGAUUGUAAAUACCCUCGGGGAACUCACGGCACAGAGAACACUGUUCAACAGCACACUUGAAGACUUACUUGGUGGAUGUGGUAAACAGGCAAAACAUAAUAAGCCGACCGUGUUUCUGAUGUAUAACUACGACUACGUAGGUCCCUACUCUGAGUUCCUGUGCCCGGGAGUAGUUCAAAACUGGGCGGACGCGCAAGAUCUCAACUAUCUUGUAGAAUACCUCGAAGAAAACGCCUGCAAGAAGUUCCCUGGAACUUUGUCUUCUGCUCAAGCCGAGCUGACGGUCAAGUUUCCAUCCCAAGUAGACACAGUGCGCGAGCUGGCGGAAAUUGUCAAUUUCAACGUGACAAACAUGUUCAGGGAGCGCUUUUGGAAAUGCACAAACAUCGUGACGAACGAUUAUUUUCUGGGCAGUGGCACUAUUGAACUGGCCAUUGAAGCUAACAAGUACAGGGGAGAGAUAAAAGGAGGACUGAGAAGGUGUGAUGGUGGUGUCUUGCCAUGAUGAACAAAAAAUACGUCUUGAAAAGUGACGGCGGAAUUCGCCACAUGCUGAACGAGUAACGCGGGGUUCUCGCUUGUGAAAACGUUGCUGCAAGUAAAUAUACAGCGUGACAAGAACAAAACAAACUUACUGUGCAUAAUUCUUCAAGUGACCUUGCUCCUAGAUGAUUGUAAUUCCACUAUGUGGUGACCAUUGUGCUCUGAAAAUAAUCUCCAUAUGCAAAGAACGCUCCUACAAACGCCGUUGUGUGAACUUUAGAAAAUUAAGAAGUUUCGCGUAGCAGAUGCUUGGGAAUAUACUAGCGUGGUAUUCAAUUGCACAAUAAAUGCCUAUGAAAAUGGGUUCUAGAAAAUCCAGCUUUAGCACAAAAAAGCUUGAAAUGCAAUGAUUAACCCGUAUUAGAGCAAAGUGAGCAUUAAGAAUGUAAAAUUUAUUGAAUCAAGUGUUACAUAAAACAAUUGAAGUCAAUGGAAUAUUCUCAUUGAGCAUAUUGAAUUUAUGUGUUAGCGCCACUUAACUGCGACCAACAAAUAGUAUCCGAUUUUCUCUCGUCUUCAAUUAGUAGAUGCCUUCGUUCUCGAGGAGAAAUCCAAUAACGUGUUUGCAGCGCACAUCCCAAGUCAGUUUGUGGCGAGGGAAUAAGUUUCUUGAGUUAUUUUACCACCGUAACAGAAAUGGUCAGCGCCCUUUAGUUCAUAACAUGGAUGACCACGCUAAAUACACCUCAGCCGGUUCACACCUUGAGCUGCAGCACGCACCGAGACCAUGAACUACUGCAACCUGUACGUCUUGCACUACGAAGGCACGCUUAACUUUUCCGAGACAAUGAUGUUAACGAGACACUUCAGUAUUGUACGUUGUGCUACGUGUGGGCUAUGUGUGUGUCAAGUGCAUAUAUGUCCUGUGCACAUCAACUCAUUUAUCAUCGCGUUCACAUGGAGUAGCUUGAUAGGACUCGCGCUAGGCAAACCUUUCACAUUUUUUUUUCUUAAACAGCCUGUCUUCCUCUACCUUAUUACGAAGAGGUUACACAUAUUGGGCCCAUACUGCAGGUGAGCUAACAUAUUCUGAAAUCGCGGUGAGGCCUUUCCUUACCUAUGCUUGCCACCCUGACCCGAAAUGAAAAAAAAAAAAAAGCCUAAUUGACUUGAAAGAAAUAAAGGUACUAAACUAUGGAGCAUAUAAACAUUAAGACUGCCCAGACUGCCCAGAACUCUAUUGCUCACUCUCGCACAUGCUUUGGCAAUGUACCGCGUUACCAGAGGGCCCUCUCUCCAGUGAGCCCGAAUGGGAAGAAGCCCUCAAAAGCCCGGACCUCAACCUCCAACUCAAGGCCGUCCAGAGGGCCCAAGAACUGGCGUAGCGUCACCACGUUCCCGUCCCGACUUGGGCGGCGCCUACGGUUUCGGCCCAAGGAGCUCCCCGCGUGCGAUCUCCAACGGCUUAAACCCCCUCAGGACCUCAAUAAAGUUCUUGACAGACUGACUGACUAUGGAGCUUUAGGUGCCAAAAUCACGAUGUGAUCAUAAGACACACCGUAGUGGGGGACUCCUUAAUAAUAUUCACAAGCUCGGAUCCGUUACGCUGCAGCUACAUCGAAGCACACGAGCUUUUUCAUCGAUGGCACGAACGGCUCGAAGCGCGCUGGCGCCGUCUCCAUUGGCGUUGUCGUGCAGUGCAGAUAUCGACGGCACAUGAGCGGCCGACGCGUGGAGGGUUAGGAUGCCUCCAGAGACGCACAGUGCGUUCGGCUGCAAAAUCGACGAGGACGCAGCGUCACGUUGCGCUCAAUCGGCUCUGCUGGAGCCCGGCCGGCGUUCUGCUUCCCACUGCUAGCUUCAGUGCUGUGCGCACACAACUUAGUGUUUCUGUUGAGCAGGAAUGCUAAUAGCCGCAACAGUAGUACACGCCGAGCUAAAUCUACCUAAUCAUUUUUUUUUGGGGGGGGGGGGGGGCACUGGAGAACGGUGACCGUUUCUGGGAUUUCAUCCGGUGCACUUAUGAUUGCGAGGCGUGCACCCCCGUUGGCGGGUCUCCUCAUCGUCCCAGCUUUCCAAGACGCCUUCAGCGCAACGCUAAAACUCUCUAUCGUUCUCAUCGCUUCGCCUUGAGUGAAGCUGCAUUUUUUGUUGCCCUUUUUUUCGUGCAUAUGGCCUAUGUGUUAAUCUAUGCGACUAAGACUAUGCUUUAGUCAUUAUUCUGACAACGUUAACAGCCGCUCAUCUGGCGCAAUAACGAGACUGGAUAAGUGAUUUCAAUAAACUGGUACCAAUUA